AUGGCCGGUUUGCUCUCAAAAUUAUUCGGUCUGUUCUGGGCAGAACCCACCAGCGCCCCCGAUGGCAAAACCGACGAGCAAGCAUCAGGACGUCCCAAGGUGACGAAAUCAUCGAUGCUUCAUGACCUAACGCAUCUCAAUGCUGAUGAGGUACAAAAUGUGCUUAAAGUUGUGAAGACUGUUGUCAGUGGACAAGCCAUGGAUGAUAAGGAGCUCAUGCUAGAAAACAGUCUCGCUAUGCUUCAGACUCUUCCAGCUAACAGCACUCUUGGUGAAAGGGCUGGAGCACAGAUCAUCAAUAUGCUAUGGCAAGACCUGCCGCACCCAGCAGGAACGACUGCUUCUCCUGAAUCAAGAUACAGGAAGCCCGACGGAAGUGGAAAUAAUCCUUGGAAUGCUGAUAUGGGUAAGGCAGGCUCACCAUACAGUCGCAGCGUGCCACCGACAAAGGCCGUCGGGCCUGAUUUACCGGACCCAGAGCUUGUAUUUGAAACACUUCUUCGACGAAAAGGCCCAUUCCGCCCUCAUCCUUCUGGACUGAACAGGCUAUUCUUCUCAUUUGCCACAGUGGUCAUUCAUGAGUGCUUUCAGACAUCACGAAAGAACCCCUGGAUUAAUGAGACGAGUUCAUACGUUGAUCUAUCGACAUUAUACGGAAACAAUGCUGAAGAUCAGGCAAGAGUUCGCACGACGAAGAACGGACUUAUAUAUCCAGACUCGAUUGCAUCACCCAGAAUAAUGAUGAUGCCACCUGGUGUGAUUGCCGUCUUACUUAUGUUCUCGAGAAACCACAAUCACAUCGCUGAGUCACUUUUGUCGUUAAACGAGUCUGAUAAAUAUGGUGACUGGGAGAAGUUGUCUGAUACUGAGAAAAAGUGGCAAGACGAGGAUAUUUUCCAACUAGCUCGAAAUAUCAACGUCGGCUUCUUCGCAACGGUUGUGCUAAAGGACUAUGUCGCAGCAAUCUUAAAUACACCGCGCGCAAACUCUGAGUGGUUUCUUGAAUUGAACGCGCCAAUGAAAGUCUCAGGUGUCCCCGUAGAGCGUGGAACUGGUAAUGUGGUGUCAGUUGAGUUUGCAGUUCUCUAUCACUGGCAUGCCGCUCUAAGCGCAGCCGAUGCAAAUUGGAUGGAAGACCUCAUCCGAUGGAAUCUCGGUAAAGACUUUCAAAUGGAUAAGCUUACACCAAAGCUCUUCGAGAAGGUGGUGAAGACAGAAGGACAUAAACUAAUGUCGACCGAGACGAAAACUUGGACGUUCGCUAACUUAAAGAGAGGUAAAGACGGCAGAUUUGAUGAUGUUGAUUUAGGCAAGAUCAUCAAAGACUGUAUCGAAGAGCCAGCCCACGCGUUCGGCGCUCAUGGUACACCAUCAAGUAUGAAGAUUGUGGAAAUUUUAGGUAUGAUUCAGGCAAGAGAGACAUUCAAGGUUUGCACGUUAAAUGAAUUUCGUAAAUAUCUCAAUCUAAAACCGUACGAAAGCUUUGAAGAGUGGAAUGAUGAUAAGGACACCUCUCGUGCCGCAGAGUUAUUGUACGGUCACAUCGACAAUUUGGAGCUAUACCCUGGUCUCCAAGCCGAGUGCACCAAGCCAGCGAUGCCAGGAAGUGGUGUCUGUCCACCUCAGACUGUUGGACGAGGCAUUCUCGACGAUGCCGUUGCACUUGUCAGGGGUGAUCGCUUUCUGACGUACGAUUUUAACUCCACAACCCUGACCAAUUGGGGUGUUAACAAACUCUCUGAGUUUGCUGGCGGUGCUUACGGAGGUAUGCUGCCGAAACUACUCUUUGGGGCGCUUCCUGGCGAGUUUACUGGCACAUCACCUUAUGCCUUACUGCCCUUCUAUACACCUACAGCCGUUAAGGGUAUCCUUAAGGGGAAUGGGGUGGUUGAGAAAUAUGAUCUAAAGAGACCUGCUAGUGACCAAGUGAUCAUUGGGAUUCAUACUCAAGAGGGCUGCAAAAAGGCCUUUGCUGACCGAGAUUCUUUCCGGACUAUCUAUGAUCCGAUGAUCCGCACGCUCAAUGACGGCACCGGAUUCAUUGUUGGCUGGGAUGAUAAGAAGCAACACGACGACCGUACAGCAAUUUUGCACAAAGUGUUCUAUGAGGAGAAUUUCGAUAAGAACAUUACUGCAUUCUUCCGGGAGCAUGUCGUUAGUGCCAUCAAAAGGAGCUCCUUGAAAUACCCUGACUCACGAAGAUCGUUGGACGUCAUACGAGAUGUCACCAACGUUGUGCCAGUGGAGUAUCUUGCCCAUCGCUUCGCAAUUCCCUUGAAAACGAAAGAGCAUCCACGUGGUCUGAUAUCAUUGUCCCAGCUGUUUGCCAUCACGAUGGUCACUUUCCAAUAUCAGAGCUUCAAUAUUCUACCAGUCAACGAAUGGCUCCUCCGCGAAACGUCCUUGAAGGUGGCACCGCUACUGAGGGGUGUUUUCGAGGCACAUCUCAAAACACAACACGGCGGACACAAGGAGGCAUUGGUUGAUUGGCUUGCCAAGGGCUCUGCAUUCGAAGUCGGCCCUGAGGCGGAUCGUUUCUACCAUGCCCUUCGAGAUACCAAACUACCCUUGGAGGCCUUGGUAGCUGAUUGCCUAGGCUUAGCUGGACCUCUGCUCGGUGUCAUUACACAACAGGCAUCUCUACUGGUCGAUCUCUAUCUCAGCGAUGAUUACAAGACGUACAAAGACAGAAUAAUCGAAUUGGCCCAUCAAGAUACUGAAGCUUCUGAUCGUGAACUCCUUGGCUUCGUCUAUGAGGGAAUGAGACACGCUGGGAUUGUGCCAGGGCAACCUAGGAUGGCUGCAAAAGACAUGAUAUUUGAGGACGGCGCUCGAGGCCCCAUCCCCAUCAAAGCGCAUCAAAUCGUUCUUGUCGCACAGUCCAAGGCAGCAAUGGACCCAGCGGCCUUUCCGAAUCCUGAGAAGAUCGACCCUACCAGGCCUCUCAAUUCUUACACAUUAUUUGGCUACGGCAUGCAUGUGUGCUUUGGUCAGAGAGUGGCCGGUCUUGCUCUGUCGGCGAUAUUGAAGGAAGUGUUCAAAUUAAACAAUCUACGUCGCGCACCGGGAAGGCCGGGGAAGCUCCACCUUCGAGAGCAUGAAGUCGCUGGUGUCAAUUUCAGAUUGUACAUUGAUAGCAAUUCUAAGGAGUCGCCGGUGCCAGCGACGAUGAGGGUGUUGUAUGAUGAGUGA